AUGGCACACCUAGCAUCGCAUCUCUCCCAGCCUGCCAUUUACUCACCCUCAGUGGCGCGUGCUGCCGCUUCCACCGCCAAGGAUUGGUCCUACAUAGACGGCUGGCUGCGGACAAAAUUUCGAGGCCAGAACGUUCCUCCUUUUGAACGCAACGCCGACACGCUAAAGGCGCUGCUUGCUCUCGCGGCCCAGAAUGAAGCCGCAGACGAGGAGCGCGAACAAUUAAGUCGCAUCGAAGCCGCUGUCCUUAACGACGUCAAGACUGCCGAGGCUGAGGCCGAGGCUGAGGCUGAUGCUGUCGCCCGUCGCCUUCAGAAGACGGAGCUUGACGACGACGACGACGACGAUGAUGAUGAUGAUGAUGAUGAUGAUGACGACGACGACGACGACAACCACAACAACAACAAUGGCGGCACCUCCAUUGAUGCCACCUCCUUCGCAAAUGAUAUCGUGUCGGCCCUGGAGAACUCUCUGUCAAAGGAUGGCGCUGUCGCCCUAGACGCCAUGGCUUCUGUUGCCAUUGAGCUCGGCCUGCCCUGUCCCACUCCGGAAGAGCUGGGCUGCAAGUUUGUCGAGUUGCAGGCCCGGGCCUACGAGUUGGAACAGGCAACCGAACGCGUUGGUCUGCUGCAAAAGUAUCUUGAGCGGGAGUCCUCAAAGGCAGACACCUUUCUCCGGGACCUUCAAGGCAGCGAGUUCAUCCCUCCUCCCAAUCUCGCCAAGCAGAAUGCGGACCUCCAGAGCCGAGUCAAGUCCACGGCCGAGCAGCUGCCCGAGUUGUGCGCUCAGGCUGCGUCGCUCGAGGCAUCCAUCGGCGCCCCCAGCUUGACCGUGGACGAGGUCAGGCAGGACGAGCAAGACUAUCUGGCUAUUCUUGGCAAGAAAAAGGAGAUGGACGCCAGAGUCAAGGCCUUUGCCGGUCUACCACCUGACUUGGAGGCGGCAAGACAGGAACUGGAAGCUCUCCGCUCCCAACUCCGUGCAGCAACGCAGAAGCGCGAUGCUGGCUGGGAAGGUUUGGUCGAGCGGGAAAGCCCUUUCAAGCCUCGCAGCAGGAGACCCAAUUAA